AUGCAGGAAAAACCAACCACGGUCGCCGCGUAUGCGGCGGGAGCAUCUCUCGCGGCCGUUGCUCUGUUCUACGUGUUCGGGCCGAAUUACACCAUCGAUGGGGACGAGCUCGGGGGCAACCACAAAAAGAGCAUCGUGGGGCUCUCGAACCCCGCAAAUGACUGCUUCAUCAACUCCGUGCUGCAGGCGCUUGCCGGGCUAGGUGAUUUGCGACUGUAUCUAAUCCGGGAGCUUCAUCGGCGCGAACUGGAUGGGCCUGAAAUCUACAACCAGUUGCCGGAGGAACCGGAUGAGGAGCUGCGUGAGAAGAGGCCGGAUCGUGUCCGGGAGCUUCAGCAGGGGACGAUCACCAGGGCGCUGAAGGAGAUGCUGGAUCGGUUGAAUGAGCGGCCGAUUUACAAGAAGACGAUUUCUGCGCGCGGGUUCAUCCAAGCAUUGGAGUAUGCGUAUCGCACGCGGAUUAGUCGGAACCAGCAGGAUGCGCAGGAGUUCUUGCAGAUUGUGGCUGAACGGCUUUCCGAUGAGUACCAUGCGGGUGUGAGGGCGCGCCAGAGGGUUCAGAAAUCUCUUGAAUGCCCACCCGAUCAGGGUGAAGACGCCCCGUCUGAGAUUGAAGUGCGAGUCGACGACGGCACGGAGAAUGGACUCCCAGCAAUCAUCGACACAAAGCUCAAGGAAAUCGACAAUGAGUAUGGCUUUCCUUUUGAAGGCAAGAUGGAAUCGCAGAUUGAGUGCCAGUCCUGCCGCUACAAGUACAGGCCGAACCAAACCUCAUUUGUUAAUUUGACGCUGCAAGUCCCGCAGAAGAGCUCUACCACCUUGAAUGCAUGCUUUGAUGGCCUCCUCAAGACCGAACAUAUCGAAGAUUUUCGAUGCGACAAGUGUCGGCUGCUACACGCAGUUGGGGUGAAAACGACAGAGCUGGCCAAGAUCCGCUCAGAAACGGACAGGCAAUCCUUGCAAAUCGAGAUAGAAAAGAUUCAAACCGCCCUGGCAAGUGAUCCGGAAUCUGCUCUGGAUGAUGUCACGCUGCCACCUGCUGAGCAUGCCCCGAAGAGCCGAAUAGCGCGGCAUAUGCGUAUCACUGUAUUCCCGAAAAUCAUCGGCAUCCAUCUCUCACGAUCCAUCUUCGACCACAGCAGCUCCACGAAGAACGCGGCGAAGGUCUCCUUCCCUGAACGGCUCCCGCUCGGGGGUAUCCUGAACCAGAAGUGGUUCAAACUCCUGGCCAUAGUGUGCCACAAAGGCAGCCACAACAGCGGACACUACGAAUCAUUCCGAAGAAACCACCUAUACCCCCCAUUCUCAACACCGAGCGUAUUCAGCUCCUACGCACAGAGCCGCGCAAACAGUGAAAACCCAUCACGCGUGCAAAGCCCACGCCUUCCAGCCCGCAGCAACGGCGACACUGACCUCCCAGCUCUAAAUAUAUCGACUCCAGCCUCCACAGGCUCAACAACCUCCCUCUCUCCCUCCGAGCCCUCUAGAUCUCCAUCAACAGCCGAUCUCCGCGGGAGCCCGCAACUCAGCACAGGCUCGUACCCGUCCCCGCGCCCAACAACAUCAAGCUCCCGCGUCUCCUUCCAAAGCACACGCUCCAAGUCCUCUGGUUCCGGCCAGCAGAACCUCUCGCCUACAUCUGCUCCACGCGGUUCAUCACUUGAAACAACGCGACUGGACAGUCCUGCGUCCCGCUCGUCUCUUGCAGAGCGCAACGCGUCAGCAACAGACACGGAAACAAGCGCAAGUGCGAAAGUUGCGUCGAAGUUCCGCCGCCGCCGUAAACAGGUUGAUCGGUGGUGGAAGAUCUCGGAUGAGAAGAUCAAGGAGUGUAAGACUUCUGAUGUGCUGGGCAUGCAGAAGGAAGUGUAUCUUUUGUUCUAUGAGAUGGAGAAGACGGCUCCUUAA